AUGAAUUUGGCUCAUUAUCCUCAACAAAUUUCAUCAUCAAAUACUCGAACAACAACAUUCGCCAUUCAAGAACUUCUUAAUCUUACAUCAACGGAUUUUGCAACUGCUCGCGCUUAUGCUGAUCAUCAAGCGUAUACAGCCUACUUAUCACGAUCGAGUUUAUUUCCUUCUUAUCAACAUUCAACAGGACCAUUUAUUAAUCAAGAUGCAUCUAUAACCUCAGCUCAUCAUUCACAUUCGAAUUUUUUUCAACAAUUUUUACCAACAAAUACAAAUACUCUAUUAGAGUCUUUACAAGAUAAUUUAGAUGGAGAUAUUCAGAUUAUUAACAAUGGAAAUGCAAAUGAUGGUAAUAAUGUAAAAUGUAAUACAAAUGGAAUGAAUAGUAAUGUUAUUAAUAAGAAAAAACAAUGUAAACGUAGACAUCGAACUACAUUUACUAGUCAUCAAGUUGAUGAAUUAGAAAAAGCAUUUAAAGAUGUUCAUUAUCCUGAUAUAUUUGCACGAGAAUUACUUGCUGUUAAAACUGAUCUUUCUGAAGAUCGAAUACAGGUUUGGUUUCAAAAUCGUCGAGCUAAAUGGCGUAAAACAGAAAAGACAUGGGGAAAAGCCACAGUCAUGGCUGAAUAUGGACUUUAUGGAGCUAUGGUUCGUCAUUCGCUUCCGUUGCCAGAUACAAUUGUUAAAUCAGCUAAAGAUGGCAUUGAUACGUCAUGUGCACCAUGGCUUCUUGGUAUGCAUAGAAAAUCCUUAGAAGCAGCUGAACAAUUAAAAAAUAUGGUUAAAGAUGAUGAUGAUGAUGAUGACGAUGAUGAUAAUUGUAGCAGUACGCAUUCGAGAAAAUCACCAAUACAAAUAGCAGAAACAAUGAAAAGUGAAAGUAUUGCUACACUUCGUGCUAAAGCUCAAGAACAUAAUGCGAAAAGACAACAAUGA